UGCCAACAUAGUUACCUGGCUGCUGUCUCUACCGGUUCUAUCCAGACUGUCCACCUAUAAACCAAGCCAUUAUAAAUAGGGGUAGAGACGUGCUCUGCCAUUUAGCUAUAAGUUUCAUUUGUCAUUUCUUGGUUCGGUCGGCAGAGAGAAUAAUAUCGAUGGACAAGAAGAAAUUGAGGUCACUGGCGUUCGCUUAUUUGGUGCUGGGGAUGAUGCUUGUGGGUCAGUCCACUGCUUCUUUCGAAAGCUGCUAUGGGAGCUGCUUCAUCCUCUGUGUCAUCAUUCCUACCAACACGGUUGGCUCAUGCACCCUUGAAUGCUUGAAAGAUUGCAUCAUUCCAACCUCUCCUUUAGGUCAGAUUAAUAUCCAAAACCAGAAUCACUAUAACUUCUGCAAGCUUGGAUGUGCUUCUACCUUGUGUUCCAAUUUCAGCACUAAACAAAACCCAGAGAUAGAGAAAGUGAGCGGCUGCGUGGAUUCUUGCUCAGGGAGAUGUAAAACCAAGAAUACCUCACCGCCUAAGAAGAAUUAGGGUUUGAUUAAUUUAUGAUUACUUCUAUAAGUAAAUGUUUAUUCUUGAUAAACUAAUCAUAUUAUGGGAGGCUAAUUUAGUAUUAAAAACCAGACCAAUAUAUAAACAUUAGUUUGUAUGAUAUGAUUUGCCUUGAACUGGCUCUCUUCUAUUUGAAAAGUGUUAUCUAUAA